CGACUUUUUCUCAGCAUUUUAAGGUCAUCUCUAGGCAAGAUAAAUAGUGGUCUGUUAUUGAAACAAAGCAGAAAAUAAGAUGAAAGAGAUGAUGGGUUUAGUUGGAGUCAUUCUGGUCUUGUCUUCUUGUUGCUUGUCUUUGCUGGAUGCCCAACAGAUUACUCAUCCGACUGAUGUUAGUGCUCUGCAGUAUGUUCACCGCAAACUUAAGGACCCUCUGAAUCAUCUUCAAGACUGGAAAAAGACGGAUCCAUGCGCCUCUAAUUGGACCGGUGUCAUCUGCAUCCCUGAUCCAACAGAUGGCUUUCUUCAUGUUAAAGAGUUGCGGUUGCUAAACAUGAACCUCACCGGACAACUGGCACCUGAACUCGGCUUACUAUCAAAUCUCACCAUAUUGAACUUCAUGUGGAACGAUCUCACCGGUCAGAUUCCACCAGAACUAGGAAACUUGACUCAUCUACUCUUCUUGCUAUUAAGUGGAAAUCAACUGACAGGAUCUUUGCCUCAAGAACUUGGUUCUCUUUCCAAUCUCCGAAUCCUUCAGAUAGACUACAAUGAUAUUAGCGGAAAACUUCCAACGUCGUUGGCAAAUCUGAAAAAACUGAAGCAUUUUCACAUGAACAACAACUCAAUCACGGGUCAGAUUCCGCCCGAGUACUCUUCCUUAACCAGUGUUCUGCACUUCUUGAUGGACAAUAACAAGCUAACUGGAAAUCUUCCACCAGAGCUCUCUCAGAUGCCAAGCUUGAGAAUUCUACAAUUGGACGGUAACAACUUCGAUGGCACCGAGAUCCCAUCUUCUUACGGAUCGAUACCAAAUCUCGUCAAACUGAGUCUCAGAAACUGCAACCUAAAAGGACCAAUUCCUGAUUUGAGCAAAGCACCGGUUCUCUAUUACUUAGAUAUUUCCUCCAACAAACUCACAGGAGAAAUUCCCAAGAACAAGUUCUCUGCAAACAUCACAACUAUAAACUUGUACAACAAUCAGCUCAACGGAUCCAUUCCUUCAAAUUUUUCAGGCCUUCCUCGGUUACAGAGACUGCAAGUGCAGAACAACAACUUAAGUGGAGAGAUUCCUGUGAUAUGGGACAAUAGGAGCUUUAAGGCAGAGGAAAAACUUAUCUUGGACUUGAGGAACAACAUGUUUUCAAAUGUGUCAAGCGUUCUUUUAAACCCUCCUUCCAAUGUCACAGUCAAGCUUAACGGAAACCCGGUUUGUGCAAAUGUUAAUGCGGGUAAGUUAGCUGAUCUAUGUGGCGUCUCAACGUUAGAAGUGGAAUCCCCCGCAACUUCUUCGGAAACCACCACGACGGGAGACUGCAAACGCCAAUCUUGCCCCGUAAGCGAAAACUACGACUACGUGAUUGGGGCUCCAGUUGCAUGUUUCUGCGCUGCACCACUUGGUAUUGAACUUCGGCUUAGGAGUCCAAGUUUCUCUGACUUUAGACCUUACAAAGUCUCCUACAUGCUCGAUGUGGCAUCCCCGAAAAAUCUCGGGAUAAACGCGUAUCAGAUAUCUAUUGAAACAUUUGCAUGGCAAUCGGGUCCAAGACUUUCCAUGAACAUGAAGAUUUUUCCAGAGUACAGUGAAUUAAACAGUAAAUUUAACACCACAGAGGUUCAACGUAUUGUGGACUUCUUUGCAACUUUUAGUCUGGAUACCGAUGAUUCCCUUGGCCCUUACGAGAUUAUUAGUAUCAACGCCGGUGCUUACAGAGACGUAGUUACUAUCAAAUUCCCGGAAAAAUCGGGAAUGAGCAAAGGCGGCAAAGUUGGAAUCAUUUUAGGAGCCAUUGCUUUCUUCCUUGUAUUGUUCUCUCUAGCAUUGGUCUGCUUCAUCAAGAGAAGCAAACAAAAGAGAAAGACUAAGGAAGUCGACAUGGAACAAGAACACCCCAUUCCAAAAUCUCCAAUUAACAUGGAGAGCGUGAAGGGUUACACUCUCACGGAACUUGAUUCAGCAACAAGCAGUUUCAGUGAUCUCUCUCAGAUUGGAAGAGGAGGCUAUGGAAAAGUCUACAAAGGUCAUUUACCAGGUGGUCUGGUUGUAGCGGUCAAACGUGCAGAGCAAGGUUCUCUACAGGGCCAAAAAGAGUUCUUCACCGAGAUCGAGUUGCUUUCCCGGCUACAUCACCGAAACCUUGUUUCUUUGCUUGGCUACUGUGAUCAGAAAGGAGAACAAAUGUUGGUGUAUGAGUACAUGCCCAACGGUUCUCUUCAAGACGCUCUCUCUGGAAUGCGCCCAAUCUCACAGGGAAGAAACAUCGUGCGGGAGGUGAAUGAAGCGUGCGAAGCUGGGAUGAUGAUGUCAGUGAUAGACAGGAGCAUGGGGCAGUACUCUGAGGAAUGCGUGAAGAGAUUCAUGGAACUGGCCAUCAGAUGUUGUCAGGACAAUCCAGAAGCGCGUCCACGGAUGCUGGAAAUCGUGAGGGAACUGGAGAACAUCUACGGGAUGAUUCCAAAAGAAGAGAAGCCAUAUUCAAGCCCUUCAGUCCAGUCCUCUGCUUCAGGAAUGUCAGGCUUUGCUGCUACUUCCGCAAGAGGCAGUUAUACUACAUUCUCCGAAUUCACAGGGAACCAACUCGUCAGCGGAGUCAUUCCCUCCAUCGCACCGCGCUAAUGAUCAUAUUGUUAAAUGUGUGCAGUUUAUUUUGGAUUUGCUUCCAUACAUAUAUAGUUCAAAACAAUCUGAGUGAAGUUUUUUCU